AUGUCUAUUUUGGACAGAUAUGGUCCCGAGGUGCAGAGAGUCCCUGCAGAUGCCCCCAUUGAAGACAUCAUUGCACUUCUCAAGCGUGACGGAGGUGUUUUCGUGAAAGGGCUUGUAUCUGAGGCAGAUGUUGAUAAGGCAUAUGAUGAAUGUCGAGCACGUUUGGACUCCGAUGUCGAAUGGUCGGGCAGCUUCUUCCCCAGCAACCUCCUUGCUCUCAGCCCUAUAUACGCGCGAUCUCAGGUCAUGAACCCAGUAUACCAGCAAGUCGUCGAUCAUUUUCUUACUACACGAAGUUGGUUCUGGUGGGGCACUGAACGGAAGGAGUCGGUUUCUAAACCAUACUUGCAUUCUUGUACAGCUAUGAGGAUUGGACCUGGAGGCAAAGCGCAGCCACUUCAUCGCGACGACUACAUCAGUCAUAAUAUCCAUAACAAUAUCGAAAAAUGGGAUGAUGAGCGUGACGUGAACCGUGAAUCUGCUGUUGGACUGUUUGUGGCUGGGUCAAAGGUCACAAAGGAGAAUGGCGGUACGCAGUUUAUCCAAGGAAGUCAUCUAUGGGGUUCAGAACGUGGCCCUCCGCGUGUUGAAGACUGCAUCUAUGCCGAGAUGGAUAAAGGAGAUGCAUUCAUCAUGCUUGCUUCAGCGUAUCAUGGUGGGGGUACCAAUUCCACCAAAGACCAGCACCGCUUAGUCUUUGCUACAUUUGCUGUUCGUGGCUUUUUGAGACAGGAAGAAAAUCAAUUCCUCGCUGUGCCUAUAGAAACAGCGAUGAAGCUUGACCAGGAUAUACAGGCAUUCAUGGGCUAUUCGAUGAGCGAUCCGGCAUGCGGUUAUGUUGAACAAGUAGAUCCGAUAUAUCUGCUUCGGCCAGAGCUCGAGAAAAGUCCUUCGGACUUCUAG